AUGAAGCGUCCUGUCAUACCUACAUUAAUGACGUCUCAGAAGCGACCGAGUACAUUUUUGCAGGACAAGAUGUUGGAAUUGCACACCAGCCCAAAGGUCAUGAAAAUCAACGGCCGACUAAAUCCCGAGGAGCAAUCUGAGGAAGUGUAUCGCGUCCCGUGCCUAAACUGUCCUUGUAACUGCACAGAUCAAGCUGAACCCAUGCCCGGGGUGCGCAUGCGUGCGCAUAAUCCGGCUGUGCGACAGGGCAAGGAAUUAUCGCAAGUGGCUAGCCACGCCUACGCAAUGGGUCGCGAGGUCAAUUUAGUAACCGUCAAGAUAAUCGCCAACGCCGGAAGUAAGACAAGUAGCGAAUUGAUUGAAGCCUCUGCCUGGGAUGAGAACUCAGUCAAUCGAUGUAUCGAUCUGGCGCAGAGUCCUGUGCAGUCGCCUUCGGACUGGCGUCCUUGA